AUGUGUGCUGAGAACAUUAUGUGCCGAGAACACAAUUUAGACUUUGUUGGUGUUGAUGCAGACAUCCUUGGUGUAGGAGAUGACGCAGGACAGUCUCCUCAGGAAAAUGGGCCUACUGAUUCAUACUCGGCAAUCUCAUCAGUAGAUCGUUUAGCUAAUGAACCGGAAAAGAUUAAGAAAUGGCGUGCGGAGCAAGAGGAAUUGCUGGCCAAAAAAGACAAAGAAGCCGAAGCCCUUAAAGAAGAAUGGGCAGAAACCGCUAAAAAGGAGUUGGCUGACUGGCACAAUAAAAGGUCAGAACAACAGGAAAAGAUCAAAACAAGUAACAGGGCCAGUGAAGAAGCUUUUAUUCAGGAACGGGACGAGGACAUUCCAGGACAAGAAUGGGAACGUGUUGCUAGGCUUUGUGAUUUUAAUCCUAAAAACAGUAAGACAACCAAAGACGUGACACGGAUGCGAUCUUUACUCCUACAUCUUAAGCAGACAGGACUUACACGCUAACUCAUACUAUUGGGAAUCUAUUAAUACUAUAUAUCUUACCUCCUGUUACGAGACCAUCCAGGCCUAAACCUUAUUUAAUCAAAGUUUAUAUAUUAUUAGUACUUGAGUACAUUAUCUCUGUUUUUGCUGCCUGAUUUGUUGCAACAUAUACUUCCUUAAUAUGUGGUGUUAUCUUUGUUGGUUUGUGUUUUCAAUAUGUUUGCAUCAAUCAAGAUCAUUAGAAUAAUUACACUCUUUAAUUGAUUAAACUUUCUAUUUUUUUUUUUUUUUAAAGUAAAAUUUAACAUGUGUAUGAUUUCCUACAGUGCAUUAAAUGGUUGAAUAUGGUGUGGAUUGAUCGAAUCCAGGAUUUUAAAUCAUGGUAACCCAGUUCUUAUUUAAUGGGGCUUCAGGUUAAUGAUGUGUAGCCAAACAAUAGCUUGCUUAAACUGUUAAAGUUGGGUAUUGCCUCGUGCAAGGGUCGUACAACCGUCGGCUGACGAAUCUAACCCUGCUACAUGUGUUAGAUGAUGCCACCCUGUCUGGUGAUUGUUGGUGGCAGUCUGAGUAAAUCCUCAUUAAUAAUGCUCCAUUGCACACGUGUUGUCGUUGCAUUCUCCAUAGAAUCGCUUCGGCUGACGAUUGUUAGGCGCAGUGUGUGUCUGCCUUUAGGAAUAACAAAAUAAUGUGAAUAAUCCUUUUUAACAGUGACUAAAUAUACUAAGAGGCUAAAGUUUGGCAGAUUGUCAAACUUUCAGAAUAAAAGUAUUUUGCAACAAGAAUAUAGCCCCUGUACUUGUUUAGAAUAUCAGACACGUUAAUAAGUGCUAAAAUAGACUUUUUGCAAUAAACUGGGUGGCCUAAAACAACAAUUUGUUUUGUUGUUUUUAUUAGUAAUGGUACUUAAGUACAUGAAAAAAUUGUAGCAUGAACGAAUAAUUAUGUUAAUUUGAAUGACUUAAAGGUAAUAAAAAGUAUUUAGGAAGGACAUAUAUAUUGUGAUAUGAAAGUGGGAAUUAUUGUAGACAUAGUUAUGGUUUAUGUACAUUUUUAAUUACAUAUGACAGUAAAAUAGCUGUUGUGCUAUAUUGUUAAUAUAUCCCAGAUAGAUACACAUUCUGUUACCACUAUCACAAGCUAGAUUUGUGAAGUAGAAUUACAUUUUGUGCUGUGGUAACCUUGUGUUCCCUGAACAUGCAUAAUCUGGUCUGUGUACACCGAACUGUGCAUCCAGUGUCCCCUGAACCAGCAUGAUGAAUGGAGUUUUAAAAUAUGACCAGUUAUCAAAUAUUCAUUAAUCCUGAGUAAACAUUCAAAAACUUUAUAGAUUAUACAUUAUUAUACCUUGUAUUCUAGACAUUGUCUUGAUUUUCUUUGAUCUUUUUUUUUGUAGUUGGCUCUGAAGGGACAACAAUUAUGGUACAUUUUUUAGUUAGAUUUGUAAAGAUAUUCUGUAUUCUACACUUAUGCUCCAAAUUUGAAACCAUCUGGAGUUGUGCUAUCAUAAUAUUCGUAUUAUUAUAAUAUUUAGAUAAUAGUUAUAUCCUUUUUUUUUUUUAUCAAUCAUUGAAUAACAUUAUAGUGUUGUUAAUUUACUAAAAGAUAAUUCUCAUCGUAUGGAAAUCAGCUAUAUCUGCAUCUCACAAAUUUAUGAUGUCAUUGUGAAAAUUAUUUGUAUCCGUUUCUGGCCCUUGUAUUUCUACCUAUACUGUAUUGUGUUCCAUCAUUGUUAUGUUUCGUCAUUCAAAGGAAAUUGAACUGAUUUCAACUACUUUCAAAACAAAAUAAUAACAUAAUGUAAACAUAUUAUUUUGUACCAAGAGAAAGAAAUUAACUCAAUAAAAAGUAUCAGCCAUAAAUUAAAA